AUGGGAGGGGGGCGCAAGACUAAGCAUGGCGCGGAGGUAGCGCCAAUCUUUCGCGCCCGCAGGGAGGAGAGCUCACGUGGGGAAGAUGGCCGCGAGGAGGACUCAGAUUCGGCGGCAAGUGACACCAGCCGCACGGCAGCCGCAGCACCACUUACAAAAGCUGACCUCAGGCACCUGCUGCAGGAGAUCAAAACCAACAUGGCUGCAGAGUUUUCCAGACACCUGACUCCCAUCACUGAAAGCCUAAAUGACCUCACACGCAGAACUACUGCCAUUGAAGACCAGCUGGACCGCACCUCCAUGCAGGCACAGACAAACGAAACCGCCAUCUCAGCACUACAAGACCAGGUACGCCUGCUGGAGGAGGCCCAAGAGGACCUCAACAACCGUUCCCGCCGCAACAAUAUACGAAUUCGCGGGGUGCCAGAGACGGUUGGAAUAGACAUGCUGGCCCCCACUUUGAGAGAGCUUUUCUGCAGCCUACUCCCAGAGGCCUCACCGGCUGAGCUCCUACUAGACAGAGCCCACAGGGCCCUUAAAGCACCCCUCCCGAACGCAACCCAGCCCAGGGACAUCAUCAUCCGCAUGCACUAUUUCCAUAUAAAAGAAGCGCUGAUGAGAGCGGCGAGAGAUAACCCACUCCAAAUAGAGGGGCAUCAAGUCUGCUUUUAUCAAGACUUAGCUCCAAGCACGCUACGCAAGAGAAGGGAACUCAGACCCCUAACCUUGGAGCUGGCCAGGAGACACAUAAGAUACACAUGGGGCCACCCCUUCAAGCUACAAGUGAGACAAAACAACCGGGUACACACUCUGUACCAUAUCUCCGAAGCCACAGCAUUCGCGGAACGCCUGGGCCUUCCGGCCAUCGACCUCACCCGAACAGCCUGA